AUGGCCUGCUCAUCCCUUGAGAAUGGUGGAGGGACUCUGAAGACCCCUCAUUACCAGGAGGGCAGACAUUAUCCUUGGCUCUCCUGCCUUGGAGGCUGGCGACUGGAUGGAGCCUUUUCUCCAAUUAUCAAUGGCCCUGGCUGGGCUGACCAGCAGGGCCGCUACCCUGGGCCAGUGGAAGUGGUCAGCCUCCAUCCACUGCCCAGCUCAGGCUGGGCAGCUCCCCCAUCCCACAGAGUCUGGGAAGAGGCAGAAGGAGCUGGCCCAGGGAUGAUGGAGCCCCCCUCAUCUGGCUGUCUGCGGUGCUUCCUGGCUGAGUCCAGGGCCAACCAGCCCCUGGAGAGAGGAGCUGAGCCAGGGAGACCAAGAUGCCCCAUCCAACUUCUACCGAGGAAUGGCCGGAAGCUAGGCAUGGCAUUCCCUGGCUCCAACCUCUUCUAUUACUACUCCUUGGGCCGCCACUUCUUUGUCACUGCCCAGCUCAGCAACCAUUGGUUCCGAGUGCGAGACCGUGUUACUGGCGAGUGGAUGCUGAUGAAGAAGGUGCCCGUGGUCUCGGACUGGCAGAAGAUGCUCCAUCACUUUCUCUUCCUCCCCCCCGGGCCGGGGCUGCUGGUGCCCUACGUUGUUCUCUAUGACCGACAGGGCUCCCUGCUCUACCUUAUGGAGGACCCUGGAGUUCUAACUGUGGGGUGGCCGCCAGCAGCUCAGCAGCUGGACAGACUGAAGUGCCUCCUGGAGGUCCUGAGGUUCCUACAGUUCUGCCAACACCAAGGCCUGCAGCUGGAGGAAGUGAACUCAGCCCUGCUUCAUACCCACCAGGGAAUCCGUUUUGACCCCAGUGGACUCAGCAGCAACGAAGGACCUUAUGUCUUUAGAAAGACUUUGAGAAAUGCCCUCCAGCUGGUAUGGAACACACCACAGGAGGACACUCCAGCCACAGAGGCCUUGCUGGAGCGAAUGUGGAGGUGGCUGGAGGAGGACCUUGGGGAUCGUGAGGAGCAUCUGGAUGAGGCCAGGAUGUCUUCUCUGAAUGUUUGUACCCUGUGAACAAAGACCAGACCUCAGGGAACAUCAAAACACAGCACUUUAGAGCACCAAAGCACCCUAACCUCUUAGUCAGAGCUGCCUCCUCAGACUGUUCUUCACAGAAGGGGAUGCUGAGGUAGGGAGACUCUCGGGUCACCCCAGCUGGCCUGGGGCUGCCUCCAACUUCUGUGGGACCUAAGCAUCCUGAUUCCAGGCAUGCCCAGGGACAGCUUCUGUCCUCUUCCAGAUCUGCCUUACACAAGGGGAGAACUCCAGUCAUUCUCGGGGCUUUGCUCAGGGACUUGCUGGCCACAACUUCCUUAUUCCCAUUCUGAGCCCACCAGCCCAGGCUUCCUGGCCUCAGGGUCAAGCUCCUGGGUUCCUUGCUCUAAGAACUUGGGGGAGAGGGUUCCUCACCCCCCUCUAAGGUACAUGGCUGGGCUGGCAUCUCCUCACCUUCUCACACAAGUGCCAGGGGAAGGCAGGGCACCAGAGCUUUCCUGAAGAGAAGGGAAUGGUUCUGGGGCCACCGUGGUGCUGUUUUUAUUUGGAAAAUAAAUUCCCAUUGAA